AUGAAAGGUUUACUACUGUCUUGUGCCAUCGCUUUCCUCACCUCGCGCGUCGUCUCUGCGACGCAGAAUACCUGCCCCCAAGACCAGGCAAUACCUCUCCUCCGAGGAUACAACGGAGGGUCUAAUGACCAUUUUUACACCACCAGUGCUGCAGAAAUGGAAAAUGCUAUCACCCAGUCGAAGUACAGUUCCGAGGGAGACGCAGCCCUCGUCUUUGGUUUCCAAGCUCCCGGAACGGUGCCGUUAUAUCGCACAUACCAGCCCAGUGUUGUGGAUCAUUUCUAUACCACCAAUGAAAACGAGCGCAACAACGCGAUCCAGAAUUUGGGAUAUAAUGACGAGGGUAUCACUGGAUACAUCUAUCCUUCCGCACUGUGCGGAAGUGUCCCGUUCUACCGCUUGUACAACCCAACGGUACAUGACCAUUUUUAUACCGCCAAUGCGAACGAGAAAAACACCGCAGCUCAGACUGGCGGGUAUGUGGACGAGGGCAUUGCAGGAUAUGUCCUACCUGUUUGA